UUUUCGCUCAUCUUUUCCUCUUUUAAGAGGUUCCAAAGUUGUUGAAAUUGAAAUACAACAAGAAAAUCGUGCUUCCUUGGCCAAAGUGACGUAUAAAAAGUAUGAAUCUUCAUGCACGCAAAAUCAACUCAGUCAUGAACUCUACAACUCCCGCAGUCGGUGCACACGUGAACGGCAACCACGGCAAUUAUCUAUGAGAAACGUUUUAUCGUCAAAGUAUAAAACAAAGCAGCAGUCUGUUGGAAUGACAACUGAACGCAAUGUCAUGGUUUCUGGGGAAGUACACAAUGUUUUUUCAUCCAACUUGGUUACUAACACUUUACCAAAUACACCAGUUAAUUCUUUGAAACAUUCUUCCAAUCGCGACUGGUUGCAAUUAACAUAUGAAAAUAUUGUAGGACCGCCUCCAAAAUGGAAAAGUAGCUCCCUUUAUCGAAUGGGUCAUUUAAAAGAUUUUUUUUUUUUACAGCCCUUUCCCAUGGUUUACGUUCCUGCAGCUCAAGAGGUUGAAAAUAUACAGUUGAAAGACCUAGAAUAUGAGCAGUCGGUGUUUUGGUCUCAAUUAGAAAUUGAAAUAUUCUUAAACAAAUUUUUAGUAACACCAAAACAUUUUAACAGAAUUUCCCAAGCUAUAACGGGAACAACAGUUGCCAAAAACUUAAGCCCGACAAAUCUUAGUUCUUUUGUUGUCUUUUCCAUUGUUCCCGGUGAUUGUCGAGUAAAAUUGGAGGCUCAUUGUGUAGACUUUUACUAUCGUAUGAAAAAAUUUUUUGAUCUCAAAUGUGCAGUUGAAGAGUUUAGAGAAAACAAAAACAAUACUAAAUGUUCACUAGUAUGUCCUCCUCGCAAAAACCUUAUAAAGUAUCAGAUUGUUGAACGGCUUAUGCUAAAAUUAACAUCAACCUAUAACGAACUUCAAAAAUUUAAUUUUAAUAUUGGUGAAACGGUUUUCCUGAAAUCAUUACUUUUUUCUAAAAGUGUCUCAACUAAUUAUCAAAAGGAUAUUGACUUAUCUAGUGGCGUUGUCUCUUCGCAGAUGUCUACAAAGGAUGCUAAUUGUGUUGUAAAAUGUUGUCAUGAUCGUAUUGUUCCAGAAAGUUUGAUUCAAUUUGCUUCACAAAUAUGUAUUAAAGUUUUGAAAAACAAUACAUCUGAAUUGGAUGAUGUUUCUGCUACCAAUCGUGCAUUACUCAAGUUUAAGGAAAAUACCACAUUGUUGUCUAGGCUUUACCUCCCCUUUCUUUUUACAGAAUCCCAACUUGGUUUAAAUAAAGAGCCUUGCUCUCAACCGGUUUAUACCUUACGCACGCUAAAUAGUAUUUUAUUGUGGCAUAAUUUACGGUCUUUUAUAAUUUGUUCAAAUAAACAUCAUAAUACACAUCAACAGUUGUCGAAAGCUUGUUUAAACACUACAAAAAUAUUAGACACACCUCACGUUGGCUAUUUUAUACCUCAAUCAAUUCAUGGAAUUUUGCCUCACCAAACUUCUAUUUUGGUUCCGUCAACCGCUGCGCCAUUUCCUCCUUUUCUUUCCACGCAAGAUAUUGUACUUCUUGAUAAGCAACUUCCAAAAGUCACUUUACACAAUGUGCAUGGCGUUGACAAAAGAAAAUUAAACCUUACAGAUGAAGCUCAUGGUUCGAUUAUUACUGAUGAUCAUAUCUCGAAUAUUUAUCAGAAUCAAAAUAAAUGUGAAACUAACGAAUCAUGUAUAGUUAACACAGAAACAAAUAAAAAAUAUUCUUCGACUACUAAAGGAUCUUCCGUGGUGCAUAAACAACUGAUUUUAAAGGAAUCUAACAAAUCAACUUUUCCUACCAUUGAGUCACCUCUAUCAUCUAUACCUGAAAUCAAGUCUUGGCUUAAUCAAUUAUUUACUUUCCUACAGAGGUCAAAAUCGAAUAAUUCAAAUACUCUUUCAGAGGAAAUUGAUGAAUCUACUGACUUAACUGUUUGCGAAAAUGUUUUACCGCCUCCUCAGAUGUAUUCAGACAGUACCAGUGCAACUAUUUUCAAUGGUUUAUCUUCACAUAUAGGUUCUCAUUCCAAAAAUUGCAAUGCUGAAAUCAUUGAUGCUACAUUAAAAAUUUUUCAAGCUGCAAUACCUACAAAGAAAUCUUCCGACACUAAAAAUCCUGUCCUAACAAAACAUUUAGUCAAUUUUGUUUCUUCGAUUUUAGCUUUACAAUCGAAAAAUCGCUCGAUUCGAAGUAGUACCGAUACUACUAAUUUUAUGUUUAUAAACUGUAACAAGAAAAACUUUGUACCAACGCAACCAAAUCAAGAUUUGACUGAUUCUAUCGUUAACUCGGAAAAAUUAGACGACACUCUUUCUUCUAAACAUAAUAAAAUCGUUAAUGAAAAUUCAAGGUCAAUUAAAAAACGCAGCUCUCUUUUGUUACAACAGAAUGUUAGUGAUGAUAAUCACUCUACUUGCCUACCUGAGACCACCCCCCAUAAAGUUUUUCAAAAAAAGUCUUCACGUUUACAAACACAUCUACAAUCGGAUAUAUACCCAAUCGUUUACAACAAACAAGAUGUGGGCAAGGAUAAAACGCUUAGUAACAAAGUAAAUGGCGUUAUAAGUAAUGCCAACCGUAGCACGUCAGAUAAUUCAAAUCUUCAUGAUUCAAGCUUCAGCCGGCAACCGAAACUUUCGCACCAAACUAAACGACUUGUAUCGCGGAAACCGUUGGAAAAAGGCACGGAGGCCGAAAUUACUUUACCCAGUAGUCACCUAGGGAUUGUGGCUAAUCAUAUUUCCAGCGAAAUCGACAGUAACGAUGUAAGCAAAUCUACUCACCCUACCUUUGUUCAAGGUCAACCCAAAAAAGAAGCAAAACAAUGUUUGAAAAUGGAGAAAAAGAACGACGGUCAACAUUUUAAUUUUUCAAAGGGUUCUAACGAUUUGCCCACAACAUCCGUUGCGUCAUCCCAAUGUAGCGAUGGAACCAGUUCUAGAAAGAUAAAAACAGAGAAAAAAUUGUUAUCUGGACUAACAAAAUACGGAAAUAUAGAACAUCCGAUUGGAUAUACCGUCAAAGCUGCAACCUCGUUUACUCCGUCUCAAAUAGACGACACGGCAGCAACUAAUCAAUUUUACUACCCUAACUGCACUACGUCUCUGUUCGCCGCUUGCAAUUCCUUAUGGCCCCCAUUUCAACCUCAAUGGUUCUCGUUACCAAGAAACGUCGAUACUAAUUUUUAUGACGCUUACACAUCUGCCUUGAUCGGUGCAGCAACACCUCACUCAAUUUCUCCUCCAGUGGUUGACGAAACUGCCUUAUAUCCACAUCAUCAAUUAGAUCCGAACUAUAGAUUUGAAACGAUUUUGGCAGCUGCCGCAGCUAUGACAGUUGCGGCACAGCAAAGUACAAUGCAGUAUUAUUCUGAGCUAUCGGACACUAGUUCUAAAUUAGUUUCAAGUUCUUCUUUAUCUCACACGAAUACUACUGUAGCAAAGCACUCUAUGAGAAAAACUUCUUCUAUUCCAUCGCAAGGCACCUGCUCCUCUUCUCAAUCGGCAUUUCUUUCAAAACAAACCUUGGCCGAAAACAAAAACCAUUCACCAAGCGCUAUAUUAAAUAAAAAAAAUUUUUUUAAAACCAGCCGUAAAUUAAUGACAAGUGACUCAAAAUUGCCUUAUGGAUCUUCGGAAUCUCGCCACAGUUUACAGACGACCAGUUCAUUGAGUAAAACAUCCGUUGAUGAUAAUGAUAUCCCUGGUGAUAUACCAACCUCAACAAUACAAAAAGAAGUAUCUUUAACUCCGGAAGACUUUGAUGCUACACAAUCCGCUACCGUUUCAACUUUCGAGUUAAAAAAAUAUUCCUCCUUAUAUGUCAAUGAAUCUGAUAGUUAUAAAAGCAGUGAUUCAAAGUGAAGUAUGAAAAAUUUCUUUUGAGCGUAGACAAUUCGAAGAUUGAUCAUUGAAUUCUUUUCUGUCGACACAAAUUGAUUCGAUGUAGACAUCUUUUUUUGUACAUAUCAAGUAAUAUUAGCGUAUCCGUUAAACUUCUAUAGUUGGCAAUCUUAUCAUUUAUUUCUACUCUUCCUUACUUUUACGUAAUUGUCUAUUGAUAUAGAAUCUUUAUAAAAAUUAAUGAAUUUAUUUUUUUAAAAAAAAAUUUGUGAUAAACUAUAAAGCAAUUAAUACUAAAAUUUUUUACCUUAAUUCGUUUAUUCAUUUACUUCUACAUGAUUUUUUUUUAAAUUGCUUUUUUUUUAAUUAAAUUAUGCUUUUAACAAAUUACAUAAAAAUUUAUAA